AUUUGUGUCUCUGUUUGUAAGAUAGAGAAAGAUUAGAGAGAAAGAGAGAGAGAGAGAGAGAGAUGGAGUAUUACACAAAUGAAAAUGGGUUCUUGGAAGAGUUAUUAGGCGUAAGAGAGACGGAGGAGUAUAACUACUACACAAAUGAAGACAGCAUUAAUGGGUGGAGCCUCGACUGCUUUCCCACCAACGCUUUCGCCAUCCCUACUACUACUGCUACUACAAAUGCUUGCUGCUUUCAAGACUUGUACGCUCAUCAUCACGACCACCACCUGCAGCCGCUCGACUGCUCCGCCUACGCCCCGUCGACGUUUGCCGACGAGCUCUUCGCUGUGGACGGCGCGCAAACGCUGCCUUUCUGCCAAGAAGACUACUACUACUCCAUGUCAAUUCUUGAUAAUGAAGACAUUGGUGCUCUAUUCCAGAAUCUGGACGGCAGUACUAGGGCUCCAUGUAAAGUUGAACCGGAACCGGAACCCGCACCCGCACCCGAGAUGCUGCCCGGUACUUUUAGCAUGGGUUUCUGCCCCGCUAAGAACAAGGUGAAAAAGGGUGGGCAGCCGUCGAAGAACCUGAUGGCGGAGAGACGGCGGAGGAAGCGGCUGAACGACCGCCUCUCCAUGCUCAGAUCAGUUGUGCCCAAGAUAAGCAAGAUGGACAGAACAUCCAUACUUGGAGACACAAUUGAUUACAUGAAAGAGCUGCUGGACAGGAUCCACAACUUGCAAGAAGAAAUGGAUUUGGGGUCAAAUCAACUCAGCAUAUUCAAGGAUGCCAAGCCUAAUGAAAUUCUAGUCAGAAAUUCACCCAAGUUUGAAGUGGAGAGGAGAGAGAGAGAGACAAGAAUAGAGAUAAGCUGUGGGGCGAAGCCAGGAUUGCUGCUGUCCACAGUCACCACAUUAGAAGCAUUAGGCCUUGAAAUUGAGCACUGCGUAAUUAGCUGCUUUAAUGACUUUUCCCUCCAUGCUUCUUGCUCUGAGGAAUUGAAGAAGAGAGGAAUUUUAGAGACGGAAGACAUAAAACAGGCACUGUUUAGAAACGCAGGAUACGGAGGAAGGUGUCUGUAGCAAAUCAGACUCAUUAUUCGGAUACAUUUUUUUUUUUUUUUCCUUCUCUUUUUUCUUUUGCAGGGUGGGGAUAAGGGGGUAGAUUAUUAUGAAUCCAUGUAUUUUUUUUUUCUUUUUAAUUUAAAGAAUCUAUAUUUUUGUGAAGGUGCUUUUGGAG